ACGCAGCAGCCCGGCUUCCUGGGGUGGCGGUAUAAGCGGGCGCCUCCUCUACGCGCUCGCUCUCCUCUCACCGCUCCGGCCAUGCGCCCGGCCUUCGCGGUGGGCCUGGUGUUCGCAGGCUGCUGCAGUAAUGUGAUCUUCCUAGAGCUCCUGGCCCGGAAGCAUCCAGGAUGCGGGAACAUUGUGACAUUUGCACAAUUUUUAUUUAUUGCUGUGGAAGGCUUCCUCUUUGAAGCUGAUUUGGGAAGGAAGCGGCCAGCUAUCCCAAUAAGGUACUAUGCUGUGAUGGUAGCCAUGUUCUUCACUGUCAGUGUGGUGAACAACUAUGCCCUGAAUCUCAACAUCGCCAUGCCCCUGCAUAUGAUAUUUAGAUCUGGUUCUCUAAUUGCCAACAUGAUCCUAGGAAUUAUCAUUUUGAAGAAAAGAUACAGCGUAUUCAAAUAUACCUCCAUUGCCCUGGUGUCUGUGGGGAUAUUUAUUUGCACUUUCAUGUCAGCAAAGCAGGUGACUUCCCAGUCCAGCUCGAGUGAGAAUGACGGAUUCCAGGCAUUUUUAAGGUGGCUACUAGGAAUUGGGGCACUGACUUUUGCACUUCUGAUGUCAGCAAGGAUGGGUAUUUUCCAAGAGACCCUAUACAAACAAUUUGGGAAACACUCCAAGGAGGCUUUGUUUUAUAAUCAUGCCCUUCCACUUCCUGGCUUCAUCUUCCUGGCUUCCGAUAUUUAUGACCAUGCAGUUCUGUUCAAUAAGUCUGAAUUAUAUCAAGUUCCAGUCAUUGGUGUGACAGUGCCCAUCAUGUGGUUUUACCUCCUCAUGAAUGUCAUCACUCAGUACGUGUGCAUCCGGGGCGUCUUCAUUCUCACCACAGAAUGCGCCUCCCUUACCGUCACCCUUGUUGUGACUCUACGCAAGUUCGUUAGCCUCAUCUUUUCCAUCUUGUACUUCCAGAACCCUUUCACUCUGUGGCACUGGCUGGGUACCUUGUUUGUCUUCAUUGGGACCCUAAUGUACACAGAAGUGUGGAACAACCUAGGGACCACAAAAAGCCAGCCUCAGAAGGACAAGAAAAACUGAGGUCUGCGUGGAGCAGAGACCAGUGUCCUAAUGUGCCAGGGUCUGGUGAAAGUCUGGCCACUAUUUCACGUUCGCUAAUGCUGAAGUAUUGAACCAACCUUGUACCAGAGAAUCCUCAGAAGGAGGGACUUCUCAGAUUUCUUAAGGCUGUACAGACCAACGUUUGCGGACCCUAAAUGGACACCCCUCAACCAUGAAGUAGAAACAAGAACAGUUCUCUGCUAUU